AUGGAUGGCUAUGGCUCGCCUGCCACCCAGUCCGUCUUGCUCCUCAUGGCAGCAGCGGCAACCUGGAUCAGCUUCUUCCUUGUCGCCGACGCGUCCGCGGGCGCCGUGACCUGCAUACGGCGCGAGCGGGACGCGCUGCUGGCCUUCAAGCAAGGCAUCAACGACACCGGCGAUGAACUCGGGUCGUGGCAGCGAGGGCGCCAAGAUUGCUGCCGAUGGGCAGGCAUCACCUGCAGCAACGUGACCGGCCGUGUCAUCGGGCUUGACCUUAGCCGGAGGUUUUCUUUGGUCGGCCAGAUAAGUCCUCCCUUGCUUUCUCUAGAGCAUCUCGAGUACCUCAAUCUCCAGUCUACAUCCCUGUGUGGGCAUGAUGGCCGUAUUCCAGAGUUCUUGGGUUCUUUAAAGAACUUGAGACAUCUCGAUCUCUCCUACAUAUAUUGCUCCGACACAGUGCCUCCUCAGCUUGGCAACCUUUCAAAGCUGGAAUAUCUCGACCUCUCCAACAUGCAGAUGGACUUGAUAGACAUCUCAUGGUUAGCCCGUUUACCUAGGUUGAUGUAUCUUGACAUUAGUUAUAUGAAUCUCAGCUCAAUAGCUGAUUGGCCUCUUGUGGUGAACAUGAUUCCUUCUUUGAAGGACCUCCGCCUUUCUUACUGCUCGCUUUCCAGUACAAACCAAUCCCUCACACACCUAAACCUCACAAAUCUUCAGCACCUUGAUCUCUCACGUAACUACUUUGGUCAUCCAAUUGCGUCCAGUUGGUUUUGGAACGUAACAAGCAUCGAGUACCUUGACCUUUCUGAUACCUCCCUGCAUGGUCCAUUUCCUAAUGCGCUAGGAAACAUGACGUUUCUCCGCCAGCUAUACUUUUAUCACCAAUCUUUUGGAAUUGGUAACACAGCCACAAUGACAGUCGAUUUGAAAAAUCUAUGUGAUUUGGAAAUGAUAUGGCUUGAUGGGAGUCUCUCCUCUGGAAAUAUAACAGAGUUUCUGGAGAAAUUGCCGCGCUGCCCGUCAAACAGAUUGCAAGAAUUGAGGCUGAGCAGCAACAAUAUGGUUGGAAUGCUGCCAAACAGAAUGGGCCACUUAACAAACUUAUCUAGUCUCGACCUGUCCUAUAAUAACAUUACUGGAGCUAUACCUCCAUGGUUGGAAAAUUGCACUAGUUUGUCGUAUCUUUCUCUUUCCAGCAAUGGUCUUACUGGACCUAUACCAGUAGGGAUAGGGAGUUGCACUAUAUUAGACAUCCUCGACCUCUCUUACAAUGAUAUUACUGGAGCUAUACCGCUAGGCAUAGGGAAUUUUACUACAUUGAGGUACCUUGUUCUUUCUCACAACCUUUUGAGUGGACAUGUGCCUUCUAUGAUUGGUAUGCUUGGUGAUUUGAUUGACCUUGACCUUAGCAACAAUAACCUGGAUGGCCUGAUCACAAGGGAACACAUGGCUUCUCUGAAGAACUUAAGGCACAUGGAUUUAUCGCAUAAUUCGUUCUCAGGACCUCUCCCGAUAGAAACUGGAGCUCAAUUUUUGCUAGAAUUGUCUUUGUCCUCCAAUUACUUCAGUGGUCAUGUUCCUGGAUCUAUAUGUCAGCUGCGGAACCUACUUGUCUUGGACCUAUCAGACAACUUUUUAGAGGGAGAACUUCCUCAGUGUUCUCACGACCCUAACUUGGUUUUCCUCCUCUUAAGUAACAAUGGCUUUUCUGGCAAGUUCCCAUCAUCACUUCGAAACUACUCGAGUUUGGCUUUCAUGGAUCUUUCAAGGAACAAUUUGUAUGGGACAUUGCCGUUGUGGAUUGAAGAAUUGGUACAGUUGCGCUUUUUGCAACUAAGCCACAACUUGUUGUAUGGAGAUAUUCCGGUGACUAUCACCAAUCUUCAAUACCUUCAUCAAUUGAGUUUAGCGGGAAAUAAUAUAUCUGGAGUUAUACCUGAGUCUUUGUCAAAUUUAACAUCAAUGGCCCAAAAAGAUCCAGAGAACUCCAAGGACGACAUGUCUGCAUGGUAUGACAACCAUGUGGGUAAAUUUAGAGGACUUUGGGAUGUUGUGAUGAAGCGCCAAGAACUGAAGUAUGGUGCUGGAAUUUUUUAUGUGGUUGGUAUUGACCUAUCACUCAACCACUUAACUGGAGACAUUCCAGAAAGGAUAACUUCUCUUGAUGGAUUACUGAAUUUGAACUUAUCAUGGAACCACUUGAGUGGGAAAAUUCCCGUGAAGAUUGGGGCCAUGAAAUCAGUCGAAUCACUCGACCUAUCAAGGAAUAACCUUUAUGGUGAAAUCCCGGCAAGCUUGUCUGAAUUGACAUUUUUAAGCUCCUUGGACUUGUCAUAUAACAAUCUUACAGGAAGAAUUCCCCCAGGAAGUCAACUUGACACUAUCUAUACUGAGAACCCGUCAAUAUACACUGGUAACAUUGGUUUGUGUGGCCCUCCUCUUGAAAGGAAUUGCUCAGGAAACAACUCACUGGAGCAUGUGAAUCAACCGAGAAGGGACAGUGUUUAUGAGGCAAAGAUGUUCUUUUACUUUGGACUUGGAUCUGGGUAUGUGGCUGGCCUUUGGGUUGUGUUUUGUGCCAUUUUAUUCAAGAAAGCAUGGAGAGUUGCCUAUUUCCACCUCUUUGACAAGUUGUAUGAUAAGGCAUAUGUGUUUGUGGUUCUUACUUGGGGCAGGAGAAAUGGCAAGGCAAGUACAAGUUGA